CGUUCUGUUAUCGCGUUGAAGUUGUCCACGUCGUCAAGUAAAGAACAGCAGAAGGAUUUUUAUCUGAGCCCUGUGUGUAAGUUCUCAAAUAUGAAGGCCUUAAUUCUUGUAGGAGGGUAUGGAACGAGGCUGCGGCCGCUGACUCUUAGUCGACCAAAGCCACUCGUAGAGUUCUGCAAUAAGCCAAUGUUACUGCAUCAGGUGGAAGCCCUAGCAGAGGUUGGUGUGAAGGAGGUUAUCUUAGCAGUCAGCUACAGGGCAGAGAUGUUGGAGAAAGAGCUUAAAGCACAAGAAGAAAGACUUGGAAUUAAAAUUACCAUGUCACAUGAGAAAGAGCCCCUUGGAACAGCGGGUCCUUUGGCUUUGGCAAGAGAUAUAUUGAAAGAAGACAAUGAACCGUUCUUUGUGUUGAACAGUGACAUCAGCUGUGAGUUUCCUUUCCGUCAGCUCAUUGAUUUCCACAAAGGUCAUGGCAAGGAGGGAACUAUUGUGGUCACCAAAGUCGAGGAACCUUCAAAAUAUGGUGUAGUAAUUUACAACAGCACCGAUGGACAGAUCGAGCGUUUCGUAGAAAAACCUCAAGUAUUCGUCUCAAAUAAGAUCAAUGCCGGUCUCUACAUGUUCAAUGCUGGUGUACUCGAUAGAAUACAGUUGACACCAACAUCAAUAGAAAAAGAAGUCUUCCCAUAUAUGGCCACUGAUGGGCAACUUUAUGCAAUGGAACUUCCAGGAUUCUGGAUGGAUGUUGGUCAGCCCAAAGACUUUCUGAUUGGCAUGUGCCUUUAUCUCACUUCAGUCAGGCAAAAGAAUCCCGAGAGGUUAUACUCGGGUCCUGGUGUGGUUGGAAAUGUUCUUGUGGACCCCUCUGCAACGAUUGGUCAGAACUGUAGGAUAGGACCCAAUGUAGUAAUAGGCCCCGGUGUAACGGUGGAAGAUGGGGCAUGCAUCAAACGAAGUACAAUCCUCAGAGACACGACCAUCAAAUCUCAUUCAUGGAUUCAUUCAUCCAUCGUAGGAUGGAAAUGCCAAAUAGGACAAUGGGUUCGUAUGGAGAAUGUAUCAGUGCUGGGGGAAGAUGUAAUGGUCAAAGAUGAGCUCUAUAUCAACGGAGGACGUAUACUACCUCAUAAGUCCAUAGGAGCAUCUGUAUCAGAUCCUCAGAUCAUCAUGUAAUCUAUUCCAUCAUGUGCAACAUUCAUGCAACUUUUGAAUAUAUAUAGCAUCAGCAGAAUACAGAAAAAAAUCCAGUAUGAAUGAGGUAAAAUUAGUAGCCCAUACUUUCAAAAGAGGUUUUAAUUGUACGAUGGUACAGAUCCAUGGACUUUGCAGGUUCUUUGUGCAUAAUUACGCUUAUAUCAAACAGUCCAAAUAUAAAUGUGCACUUUUGGCAAAUGGUGCUAAAUUCAUGCUUGAGUGAAGCGUGAUAAUACAAGAAAUCUGUAUAAUCCAUGGUUUUGUACCAUGGUGCAGUUAUUUGAAACCUCCUUUGAGACUAUGGGUUAAUGUUUUUAUAUGUACAUUACAUUAAAGAUAUAAUGGAAUGGGACCAAGGCAUGAUUCAUUAAAGCUCACUUUUAAAGCUGUAGACAAAUUUAAAAGUAUCAAAAAUGUUUUGGUUGACUUGGAAUUGAAUAUUGCUGUUAAUGAAUCACCCAUCAGGAAUAUUACAGUGUUGGAUUGAAUUUCAUUACUUCAGGGCUCUGUUCAUAAGAAAAAUGUAUGAUGAGAUGACGAUAACUCUUUGAUGGUAACUAUAUCAUAACGUUAUUGCUCAAGAGCUAUCGUGCAGUGGGGUCUGGAGCUCCGUAUACAAUAAAAAGUUGUUGAAUCUAUCUGGAGUGACAUUCACCAACAGGUUAUGAAAUAUUAAAAAAAAAACACAGUUAAAGUAUUUUUUUUUUUUUUAAUCUAAAUUGGAUUUUUGAGAAAAAUAUCUUUCCUCACUCCUCAUUUUGUAUUCAUAGUAUAAAGGAGCUGUGCAUUCUGAUAUUCAGUCAUGCCAAUUUGACUACGCAUUUUGAAAUGGUCUUCGUUUUCUUUUUUUUUAAACAAAUUUGUGCUUACCGGUAGUGCAAAUCAAGUUGACAAAUAUUCAGUUUGAAGUGUUGGCAUCAUGACAGGGGAACCAACUGUAAAAUACACGGAAUUGGGGGUAAAUUCUGUUUAUUCUGACCUAUGUUCUGAAGUGCCAUCUUAUUAUCAUACAUGUAUUAUGUAUUCAUGAUACAUGGGAAGCUUUGUGAUGAUAUGAUUUAUCAGUUAAGGCAAUCUUUUAUUAAUAUAAGGUUUAUUUUCGGUUGGGAUCAAUAAACGACUAAUAUGUAGAAUUAUGCUGAAUGUGCCUUAUGUAUUAUUUGUUAUUUUUUCACAUCGCAGUUAAGUUGUUUUCUUUUACUACUAUUAACAAAUUAGAAAAAUAUUACAAUUUAUGAUAAAAUGAGGUAUUAAUAAUGGUGCAGAUUGUGUUGUAUAUCAUAUUUUAGUCACUAACCUGCAGUUUAAACUACACCAUGAUCUAUUAAAGUCUGUACCAAAAUAAUAUGGUUUGCCAAAAAUAUCAGAAAUUGUUCCAAUUUCUGUUUACUGUGCUCCUUGUUUCAUCCCCUUGUGGUGAAAAUUAUUGCAGCUGUAAUUUCCAGACAAACAACAUAUUUAGAUCACAAUUGUUUAAUCUUGGGGGAGUUUCAUCAAAGUUGUCAGCACUGACUAAAUUGUCAGUGCCGACAAUUUCAGUGAAAUCCUUGGUUUUGAUUGGCUAACAAGCACUGACCUCUGACUGUUGCUAUGGUAACUGUCGGAGAAAGACAACUUGUCAGUGCUGACAACUUUCAUGAAACGGACGUGACUCCAGUAUACAGGAAACUUGAACAAAGGCUGAUUGUGCAAGCCUUACACAGGUUUCAAUUUGCAUGGGCCAAAAGUAUGAUGGAUUGUAAAGCUAGUGACCUUUUAUCACCUUUGACAUUUGACCUAUCUUAGGUUGACUUUAGAAAAUAUGGUAUAUGCCUACUAGCUGUGGUACAUGUAUGUACUUGAAUGAUCAUAUUAACUUGUCUUUCCUAUGUAUUAAGAUAUGUAUUUGUUUAUAUUGAAAAAUGUAUUUGAUUUCAUUAGGAGUUCAAUUCAAAUGUUCAAGAAUUAAACUACAUGUAUGCAUCGAACUUGCUAUUGUCGAUCUUCAUGAUGUACAUGAAUUUUGUGUUCAUAUAAAAUGAAGCCAAGAAUACAAUAGACUAUGGUUUAGAUUAUAUAUACAUGUAGUUCUUCAUGAAUUUUUGGCAAAAAUUUGUUACAUUUUUUAUAUCUUUGUAGCUUGAGAACUGUAACAUGUCUUACC